AUGUCGGGGAAAAUGACAUUAUACAAGUUGGUGGUGUUGGGGGAUGGAGGUGUCGGAAAAACCGCUCUCACGAUUCAGCUCUGUUUGAACCAUUUCGUUGAGACGUACGAUCCCACCAUCGAAGAUUCAUACCGAAAGCAAGUUGUCAUCGACCAACAAUCCUGUAUGCUCGAGGUUUUGGACACGGCCGGUCAGGAGGAGUACACUGCCUUGAGGGACCAGUGGAUUCGGGAUGGAGAGGGCUUCGUGCUCGUCUACAGUAUCACUUCUCGCGCUUCGUUCAGUCGCAUAACCAAGUUCUACAACCAGAUCCAAAUGGUCAAGGAGUCCGCCAAUUCGGGAUCCCCUACCGGCGGUGGUUACCUGGGAUCGCCUAUGAAUUCCCCGACGGGCCAUAAACCGCUUCCUGUUCCCGUAAUGUUGGUCGGAAACAAGAGUGAUAAAGUAAUGGAACGGGCUGUCUCCGCUCAGGAAGGGUCCGCUCUGGCGAAAGAGCUCGGGUGCGAGUUUGUUGAAGCAUCUGCAAAGAACUGCAUCAACGUGGAGAAAGCUUUUUACGACGUGGUGCGAUUGCUGCGGCAACAGCGACAACAGCAGCAGGGCGGUCGAGUACAGGACCGACGAACCACCGGGUUUGGAUCUGGUCAGCGCGAUGCGAAUGCAGAAUUCCCCAAGUCUUUCCGCCCUGAUCGGUCCCGAUCACACCGGGGUGGCCUGAAAUGUAUCGUUUUGUGA